AAAAAUGAAUAACAAAUGUGGAUCUGGGCAACCACAAAGAAAAAGAACACAUAAUAUUAUAACUAGACAUCAAAGUGAAAGAUAUGCUGGACAACCAAAUGAACUACCUGUUAGUGACCUCCCAACAUAUAAACAGAUUAUUCAAUAUGCCUAUAAGGUCGAAAAUGAAAUAACUACAACUGAAAAAAUUGACUCUCCAGCCGUAGUUUUAAAAGUGAGUGAAGAAAUUUUAAAAAUUUGGAAAAACGUUAAUCCAAAUCUUCCACUAAUGAAAGAGAAACCUCUAAGAAAUAAGGUACAAAGAACAUUUCAAAAAGUAAUUGCAGCUGAACGAUCUAAAGCUUCAAAACAUAAAAAUAGUGUUUGUUGGUCGGAAAAUAACCUUUUAAAGUUAUUUGAUAUAUCAGCAUGCAGAUGUGAACUUCCUCUUUUAAAUUGUGAUGACAAGUUUGAAGUUAUACAUUUUUAAAAAACAACAAUAUUAAACAAUUUUGUUUAAACAAAUUUGUGACUAAACUGCCAUAUAUUUUACUGUAUAUAUUACUGUAUAUUACCCUUUAGAAAUGUUUGAUGCAAAGGUUGCUCUAACAAGCACUAUGUAUGUCUCUGUGAAAAAAGUAAACAGGUUCCAGUUCUAGAACGAGAGUAUUUAAAGGACCAGAAAGUUAAGCAAGGGCCCUUUGGAACCUGGCAGAUAGGCCGAAUUGAUAAGAAAGAAACAGCCAUGACUGCAAGAAAAAGAAAUAAGGAGAAAAUUAAUAUGAAAAGUGACACAACACUUCAUUCAGAUAAUGAUUAUAUUAGUGAAACUGAUAUGGAAAUAGAUAACGAUGAUGAUUAUAAAAAGCAGAAUUGUGAGUUUUUUGCAAAACCACUGUGUGAAAAAAAAUUACACAGAUUUAACUAACAUUGCCAAAGCUGCCAUUAGGUUCCAAGUUAGUGAUGUUGCAACAUCUGCCAUAGCAACUGCUACCUUGAUAGACUAUCAAAUUAUAACUCAGAAUGACAGAUCACAAAUUAUCACUGAAAAAAAGAUAUUUGGCUCUAAAAAGUGUGUUUCAACCAUGUUUAGUGAAAAACACUGUUCAGAAGUUUUCCAUUUGAAAGUCAUUAGAGUAGAUAGUAAAAAAGACAAAAAUACAUUAGCACAUAUAUUAGGAUAUGAUCAUAAUGCUGAACCUAUUGUUAAUAGAACAGUAAAGAAUGAACAUCACUUAACUUUUACUGCAGAAAGUGGACUUUUUUCUAAGAAAUAUUUAACUCAUAUUGAAAUAAAAAAUGGAACAGGAAUUACAAUGGCAACCGAAACACUAAAAAUACUUAAAAAAUACAACAGCAUUAGUAGUUUAAAAGCCAUUGUUCUUGAUAAUACUUCUGCUAAUACCGGUGCAGAUAAUGGCUUAGUUGUGACAUUAGAAAAGCUUUUAAAUCGAGGAAUCCAUUUAAUAGGAUGUGUACUUCAUCAAAACGAGUUACCACUUCGCCAUGUCAUAGCUGAAGUAGAUGGUAAAAGUAACGAUCCAAAGAAAUAUAAUGGCCCUAUUAGUCAAAAAGCUUCUGCAGAUAAUUUGCAUGAUUUACCAAUAGUUGAUUUUAUUCCAAUUCAAUCAGAGAUUGAUUCAUAUGUAAACUCUAAUAUUUUAUCUGAUCUUAGCACAGAUCAACGUAAACUUUACGAAUACUGUAUUGGAAUAUCUAGAGGUUUUAUAUCCCCAAAAUAUUCAAUGAAAAAACCAGGACCUGUUUACCAUGCCAGAUGGCUAACUCUAGCUUUAAGGAUAAUGAUGGUUUAUGCGAGAGUGAAGAAUCCUACAGAUGAGUUGUGCAUAAUUACAAAGUAUAUUGUCCAAGUAUAUUGCCCCAUGUGA